CUGUGUGAUGUCACUCUUUGUGGCUGCAGUUGGCAAGAUGGUGCCAGUCCUCGUGGAGAAGAAAUUGGUGGGUCUGGAUGGGCUUGGCGGUGCUGAGCUCCCCAGCGAGGAGCAGGAGGAGCAGGAGGAGCAGAACCUCUGGUCCUCAAUACUGAGAGAAGUUUCUACCCGGUCAAGAUCUAAGUUGCCAUCAGGCAAGAAUAUUCUCGUUUUUGGUGAUGAUGGCUCAGGUAAAACCACACUUAUGACCAAAAUACAGGGAGCAGAGCAUGGCAAGAAAGGAAGAGGGCUGGAAUACUUGUAUCUAAAUAUUCAUGAUGAAGACAGAGAUGAUCAUACUCGCUGUAAUGUUUGGAUUCUAGAUGGAGACUUAUACCAUAAAGGGCUAUUGAAGUUUGCAGUUUCUGCAGAAUCCCUGCAAGACACCAUUGUAGUCUUUGUUGCAGAUAUGUCUAGACCUUGGACUGUUAUGGAGUCUUUACAGAAAUGGGCCAGUGUCUUGCAAGAACAUAUUGAUAAGAUGAAAAUUCCUCCAGAAGAGAUAAGAGACAUGGAACGGAAGUUUAUGAAGGAGUUUCAAGAGUAUGUAGAACCUGAAGAAGGCUACCAAGGAUCACCGCAGAGAAGAGGCCCUUCUUCUGGCCGAGAAGAUGAACAUAUUUCUUUGCCACUUGGAGAAAAUGUGCUGACUCACAACCUUGGUAUUCCUGUGCUGGUAGUUUGUACGAAAUGCGAUGCAGUGAGUGUACUAGAGAAGGAGCAUGAUUACAGAGAAGAACACUUCGACUUCAUUCAGUCACACAUUCGUAAAUUCUGCUUACAGUAUGGGGCUGCCUUGAUUUAUACAUCAGUUAAGGAGGAAAAGAACCUUGAUCUGUUGUACAAGUACAUUGUACAUAAAACAUAUGGUUUUCAGUUUACCACACCUGCCUUAGUGGUAGAAAAGGAUGCAGUUUUUAUACCUGCCGGUUGGGACAAUGAAAAUAAAAUUGCCAUUUUACAUGAAAAUUUUAUGACAGUGAAACCAGAAGAUGCAUAUGAGGACUUCAUUGUAAAACCUCCCAUAAGAAAGUUAGUCCAUGAUAAAGAGCUGGCGGCAGAAGAUGAGCAAGUAUUUCUUAUGAAGCAGCAGUCAUUCCUUGCCAAACAGCCAGCAACACCUACAAGAGCAUCAGAAUCUUCUGCAAGAGGCCCUGCAGGAUCCCCAAGAACUCAAGGCAGAGCUGGUCCCACUAAUGUACCCAGUGCUUCACCAAUAACAUCAGUUAAGAAACCAGAUCCAAAUAUUAAAAGUAAUGCUGCAAGUGAAGGUGUCUUGGCUAGUUUCUUUAACAGUCUCUUGAGCAAAAAGACUGGCUCUCCUGGGAGUCCCAGUUCUGGCGGAGUGCAAAGUACAGUCAAGAAAUCAGUAUUUUAUUGUGAUCCAACACAACUGGAUUUGUUCUGUGUGUGUGCCUGUGACUGCAUUGUAUAACGUAUUUGCUGGUAAGUAAUUGCACUGUUCUGGGUGAAAAUAAAAGAAGCCCAUCAGAAUACUUUGUACCUUUACAGAACUCAGUAUUGUAAAAUGUGGUGGUGUUCCACCUGAUAUUUACUACUUGGAUUAUUUAGUUGCUUCUUUUUGAUACGGGCAUUCCCAUCACACUUAACAUUGUUUCCAGAAUUAUUUUACUACUAAAUUAUUGAUAGAUGGUUUACUUCUGAUCCCAGACUUGCAAAAUCAUGUAAAAUGUAAUGGUGAUGACAAACCCAGGGUGUCUGAUGCUUAAAGGAGAGUGUAAGGCCCCAGGCAUUCCCAACUGGAAAUGAUAAGUAUUUGAUGCCAGCCACAGUGGUGGUUAUUGCCAGGGAGAGAACCAGAACAGUUGUUGGAGUGUGGAUGUUUA